AUGGCUUCAAAGACGAGUAAAAAGACUGCUGAAAACCAACGACUUUUAAAUGAGUUGUUGUUUGCAAACCAAUUGAAAACACUUUUAUUUGAAAUUCACACCAAAUAUGAGACAAUCAUCUCAUCCGAAGACAAACAGGCGUUCAAUGAGUUAUUGAAGACAAUGGAAGUCAAGACAUCUGAAGACAAUCACUCGAGUGAACCAACAAAUAGACAUAAAUUGAAGAAAUCUCAGUCUCUUCGUCCGCUGCAGGAAGUGAUCCGUACUUUGCACAAAUAUGGCGAAGACUCGGGUGAAAGUGGUGUCCAAAUCGAUCCAACUUUGGCCGCCAGAAGAAGUGUCAGAAAUCGUCAAAAACGUCAAUCACUUAACCACGAGUCAAAAGACAAGACACUGAGACUCUUGAGGCAGAGCUCAUCCGAGAGGGACAUGUGUUACGAUAUGAUCACAAAGUCAUACAUUUGUCCACAAAGUGAUUGUCAAAUGAGUUUCAAAACUGACAGCAAGUUUACCCAUCAUUUAAGGACAACUCAUACGGGGAUUACAUAUUCAUGUGAUUACGAGAACUGCGAGUAUGUCUGCGCCAACAAAAACAGCCUGAAGAGCCAUGUGGUGAGCCAUGAGAACCAAACCACUCAACACCACAGAGAUGUCCGCAAAGAGUUGGACAGCAAGUGCUACGACCCGAUCACCAAAUCUUACGUCUGUUGCCACGACGAGUGUCACAAGUCUUUCAAGAAUUACCGCAGAUUUCGGGCGCACUAUAUAUCGGUUCACACGAGUGCUAGUAUUUCGUGUGAUUAUAUCGGCUGUAAUCAUGUGUUCAAAACUAAUCACUCGAUGAGAAUCCACUACAAGACAUAUCACACUAAUGUUGUGCCCAUUAAAUGUGGUUACAAUGACUGCACGUAUGAAACGGUCCACAAGGCCUAUAUGCGACACCACAGGGAAAACCACUCGACGGCCACACCAUACGUGUGUGACUUCGAGGGCUGUCUAAAGGCAUUCAAGUCUAAAGUGGUUUUUAGGGCACACAUGCGGACCCAUAACCCGGAGCCCACCUAUAAGUGCUCAGUCGACGGGUGCGGACAAAAGUUUCACAAACAACACGAUGUAGUAAAGCAUCAGAAAUACUCGCAUAACAUAGUAAAACUCAAACCCAUGAAAUCAUGCGAGUGGCCCGGCUGUUGCUAUAAGGCCAGGACCAUGGAGUUGAUUAAGGACCACAGGCGCACCCAUACCGGCGAGAAGCCUUUCCAAUGCAAUUGGCCCGAGUGUGGCAAAUGGUUCCGCACUACAAAGACAUUGAGGGAACAUAGUCCCUUCAGUCCCCAUAUGAGAGGCAACCGUCACUUCUAUGAGGUUUUCAAUCAAUUGAUUCAAUGCGUGACCAAACGGGUGAAGAAGUUCAGUGACAAUCCAAUGGCCAAACAGACCAAAAUCACCGCAUUCUUCACCACAGUCUCAGAUAAUGGUAUCGAUUCAAGUGAUAGACAAUUGUCUCACAAACCAAACCACAAACUCAUUGCUCAACAAAGCGGACAAAAGCGGAAAGUGACACCAAAUGAAGAAGUGGUGAUCAAUGGUGUGAAGCGAGACACCGGUCGCACAAAGUUUGCCAGAAGUGGUCCAAAGAUAUGUCCAUUUUAUAAGAAGAUCCCAAACACCCGGUUCGUUGUGGACGCCUUCAGCUACGGCUCAGUACCGGGUAUUGAGAUCUACUUCUUAACGCACUUCCAUUCCGACCAUUACGUGGGUCUCAAGAACUCAUUCACUCAUGAGAUCUGUUGUUCGCCAAUCACUGCCUUAUUAGUGAGGAAUCACUUCAAAAGCGCUGUCUUUCGCGUGAAUGUCAUCGAAGUGAACGAAACGCGAGAAGUGUUGGGAACGAGAGUGACGUUUCUUGAGGCCAAUCACUGUCCCGGAGCUGUGGUUAUACUCUUUGAGUUGACCAAUGGUUACCGUUAUCUGCAUACCGGGGACUUCAGGGCCGACCACUCGUUCUUUGCAUACAAACAACUCAUUUGCCGACCAAUUGAUACUAUCUUUCUGGACACCACUUAUUGUGAUCCCAAAUACGACUUUUUGCCACAAAAAGACAUUCUAAAGACAAUUGUCUCCAUUUCUAUUUGCGGCACUUAUAGUAUCGGCAAAGAGAAUGUCUUCAUUGCGAUCGCUUCAGCCCUGAAUCUGAAGUCCCAUAUAGACAUCAAUCAAGAGUUCACGUAUUGGGCAUGA